AUGCCCUCUGAGAGCAAUCAAACGACACCGUUGUUGUCUGUCAGACCACGACAACAUAAGAAUACCCCGUGUUACAACUGGCUAUGUAAACCCGCCGGCUUCGUUUUAUGGGUUGUGUUGGCCGCUCUUGUUGUUAUACUACUUGCCGGCAGGGAUUCGCGCUCAUUAACGUCAUGUCUAGCAGAUGCAGAUAUUCCACAUGUAGUGAGAGGCUCGAGGGACUGGGCUCGAAGAAUAUCUCCCUGGAAUCUGCGAGUGACGUAUACGCCCGCGGCUGUUGUGAUUCCGUGGUCUGUGGAUCAGAUUCAGGCUACCGUUUCUUGCGGGCUCAAAAACAAUCUGCGCAUAAGCGCUAAAGGCGGAGGCCACAGUUCUGGAUCAUAUGGGUUCGGGGGCGAAGAUGGACAUCUGGUUAUUGACUUCGAGCAGCUGAAUCAGGUUACCCUCCAUGACAACCACACCGCCAUCAUCCAACCUGGGGCUCGACUAGGCCACGUCUCUGUGGAAUUGUAUAACCAAGGGCGAAGAGCAAUUCCCCAUGGAACCUGCCCUGGUGUCGGUAUUGCUGGACACGUCUUGCACGGUGGUUACGGAAGAGCCUCUCGCACUCAGGGCCUUACCCUAGACUGGUUGAAAGGCUCCAGAGUUAUUCUAGCCAACGGAUCCAUAGUGCAUUGUUCUGCUACUGAAAAUUCAGAUCUCUUCUGGGGGAUACGAGGCGCUGGCUCAUCAUUCGGCAUUGUAACCGAGUUCGAGUUCAACACAUUUGAAUUACCAGACCAUGUCGUUGUAUUCGCCAUCGAGCUUCCCUGGAAUGAAAGAGCGGUGGCUGAAUCCCUUAAAACAGUGCAGCGCCUUGCAAUGACGGCUCGGGAAGAGCUCAACCUAGCUUUUGCGGUGACUGCAUACAGUCAAACCAUCCGGGGGCUUUACUUUGGUAAUGAGCAGGGGCUUCUCCAAGCUUUACAGCCUCUCUUAAUCAGUCUCAAAACGAGACCAUCGCUUAUCAAGACUGUAGGAUGGCUUGAGGGACUCGAGAACUUCGCAGACGGUGAACCCUUGGACCAAACAUAUCCAUACAAUGCGGUAUUAUCAACCUUAUUCACCAACAUUAAUGACGCCGAUGCACGUCACUCCUGGGAUAUCCUCUUUGAGUUGCAUGGUGGCCCGAAGUCGGCUGUCUCCCGAGCCGGUACAUCCGCAACAUCCUAUGCUCACCGUAACAAGUUGCUGCUCUGGCAACUCAACGACUUUGGAGAGAAUGGCAAAUUGCCCCGGGAGAGUUUUGCUUUGCUGAAGCAGAUCAUGGACAGCGUGACACAAUCCAUGGUAGAGGGAGAUUGGGGCAUGUAUGCCAAUUCUAUAGACACCCAACUGGACAGUGAAACGGCGCAGAGUCUGUACUGGGGAGAGAACCUACCACGACUGAGGGACAUCAAAGCGAGAUUUGAUCCAGAUAAUGUGUUUUGGAACCCUCAAGGCAUUUCUCCCUCAUUCUAG